AUGGAGAAACUAUUUGACGUCACUCAAUGCCCUGAAAAAUGGAAGGUGAAUUUCGCGGUAUUCUAUCUCAAAGGGCAAGCAGACCUUUGGUGGAAGACUGCAAAGGAAAUGCAAAGUCAACCCGGCUUCGGAUGGGAAAAUCUGAAGGGAGUAAUGAGAAAUCAGUUUUACCCUCAAAGCCUGCAACUCAAAUUGGAAUCUGAGUUCAUCCAUCUCAAGCAAAGGAGUAUGUCCGUGUUAGAGUAUGCUGUGAUAUUCAACGAGCUUGCUCGAUUUGCUCCUGACUUAGUAUCGACGGAUCGACAAAGGAUGAACCGCUUUGAAGAAGGCCUUAAUCUUGACCUUCAGGAGAAACUCGCAGCGCACAUGAGUACAUCAUUCCAAGAGCUCUAUGAUAGGGCUAUCAAUGUUGAAAGAAAAAGCAAGCUUCGAAAAGAGAUCUUUGAGAACGGGAAAAGAAAGAAGAAUUUUCAAAACCAACCCAACAAUGGGUCAUUCAAGAGGCAAGAAACUGGAAAUCGAGGUGGAAAUUUCGGAAAUCAGAAUCAAACUCGAAAAUGCUCUAAGUGUGGAAAGUGGAACCAUACUGAGAAGGAAUGUCGAUUUGGUACAAGGGAAUGUUACAAGUGCGGAAGUAAGAUCAUAUGGUCCGAGAUUGCCCUCAAUGGCGUCAAGGACAAGUCAAUGGGAGAAAUGAACCAACUGGUCAGAACCGUGGAAAUGGUGGCACUACAAACCGUAAUCCUCCACGUGGACCUCCCCAAGCUGCACGAGUAUUCAUGA